ACGCUCUUCAACCCGCAAUACGAACACAUACAAACACACGCACUACCCGCUCUCCCUCCCCUUCCCUCUCCGACCUAAGGCUUCGCUAUGGGCUGGCUCAUCUACCUCGCCGCCAUGCCGCCCGCGCUCAUCAUCGCCAUGCGCCUGCUCUCGCUGGUGCUGCCCGCGAAGCCCGCCCAGCUGGUGUCCUACUACGCCUUCGCAAUAAGCUCUAUGCUCCUCAUGCUCUGCUGCGCGCUGUACGGCACCCUUGUGGCUAUACCUCUACGCCUUGUGGGCUAUGGUGGACUGAUCCAGUGGACCGUUGCGCGGGCGUUCAAAUGGGUCAUGUGGUUGUGCACCGGCGUAACAUUCAGAGUGACGGGGAGCAUGAAGAAAGAGGGUGGUCUUAGUGGAGAAGAUGCCCUCAGGGACCGUCCCGCCAUUUUUGUGGGCAACCACCAGACCGAACUUGACGUCCUCAUGCUCGGCUGCAUGUUCCCAAAAUACACAUCCGUCACGGCCAAGAAGUCGCUGAAAUACGUUCCCCUACUGGGCUGGUUCAUGGCCCUCUCCAAGACUGUCUUCAUAGACCGCGCAAACCGCACGUCCUCCCGCGCCGCAUUUGAUACUGCCGCACACACCAUGAAAACGACACGCCAGAACGUCUUCAUUUUCCCCGAGGGCACGCGCUCCUACGCUUCGAAACCUGAACUCCUGCCCUUCAAGAAAGGCGCCUUCCAUCUCGCCGUACAAGCACAAGUCCCAAUCGUACCCGUCGUCGUUGGUAACUACUACCACGUCCUAGACGUGAAGGGCAAGAGGUUUACGCCAGGCGUGGUCGAGGUAACAGUCCUGCCGCCAAUACAAACAAAAGGAAAGGGACCAGAACACGUGGACGAGCUGCUCAAGAAGACAAGAGACGCUAUGAUGGAUGAGCUGAUUCGGUUGAGCCACGUCUCAGGCACGGGCAAUGGCGAGCCUCUUCCACGGACUAGCGGGAUAGAUGGACAGGAGCGCAGUGAGCUGAGGAAACGGAAUUAGGAUUUAUGGCACAUAUGGCGUUAGGUGGUGCUUGGCAUACAUUGAUAUCCCAAAUAUGGCAGCUUCGAUACUGUCUGGCUGGUUGGCAUGUACAUAAUCGUAGUUCUAGUACAAAGAUCAUUUACUCAAAGUCUAUUCAACCCAAUGCGGCACCGUCUUCAAACACUUCAUGGCUUUUUCGAGGUUAGCAUGCAGACUUGGAGUAUGAUGAACUGUAGAACUACCCAAAAUACGAGCUUCCGCGUGGUGUACGAGGGUUGGAGCUCGGCAAACCUUCCCCGAUUGCUAUAGUGCUCGGUGCGAAUUACCCCACAACUACCCCUCUCGUUACCCAAUGAGGCAAUCCCGUGCUGGUUAGACGCGUGAAUGCUGGACAGCGUGUACCUAGGU